AUGGCUGCUGCUCAGGGAUAUCCUCUUCUGUGCUUGGAGAACCCUCUUCUGGAUAUCCAAGCCGUCGGUGAUGCCGCUCUUCUGGAAAAGUACGGUCUGAAGGACAACGAUGCCAUCCUUGCGGAGGAUAAGCACAUGGGACUCUACGAUGAGCUCCUUAGCCGUGAUGCCAAGCUGAUUGCUGGUGGUGCUGCCCAGAACACCGCCCGUGGUGCCCAGUACAUUCUCCCCGAGAACUCUGUCAUGUACAUUGGCUGUGUCGGUAAAGACAAGUACGCGGAUAUCCUCAAGGAUGCCUGCAACAAAGCUGGUGUCCAUACUGAGUACCGUGUGGACGAUGUCCAGCCCACCGGCAAGUGCGGCGUCAUUAUCACUGGUCACAACCGCAGCAUGUGCACUCACCUCGCUGCGGCAAACGAGUACAAGGUCGACCACUUGAAGCAGCCUCACGUCUGGUCUCUUGUCGAGAAGGCUCAGUACUACUAUGUCGGUGGAUACCACCUGACAGUCAGCGUUCCUGCCAUUCUGGCCCUGGCUGAGGAGGCUGCUGCCAAGAACAAGGUCUUCAUGCUUUCUCUUUCUGCCCCCUUCAUUCCUCAGUUCUUCAAGGACCAGCUUGACAGCGUCCUGCCCUACACCGACUACACUUUCUGCAACGAGACAGAGGCUCGCGCCUACUCCGAGAGCCACGAAUGGGGUACGGAUGAUGUCGUCGAAAUUGCCAAGAAGCUCGCUCAGCUUCCCAAGAAGAACACCAGCCGUCCCAGAGUUGCUAUUGUCACCCAAGGCACUCUGCCCACGGUUACUGCUACCGUCAAGCCGGACGGCGAGGUUGAGAUCAAGGAGUUCCCUGUGCACGAGAUCCCCAAGAGCAGCAUCAACGACACCAACGGCGCUGGUGAUGCGUUCGCUGGUGGCUUCUGCGCCGGUGUUGUUCUGAACAAGUCUCUUGAGGAGAGCAUGGAUAUGGGCCAGUGGCUCGCCAGCCUGAGCAUUCAGGAGCUGGGACCUUCUUUCCCCUUCCCCAAGAAGACCUACACCCCCAACCGCUCAUAG